AUGGAUUUAUUAUGUCGUUCACCACCAAUUUUUGCAGGUCUUUUAGCACUGUUCAUGUUGUACAAUCUGUGGAGGCGAAGGACUUACCGGCAGUACAACAGUGCUGGCGGCGGAUUACUUGCCCCAGAACCGUCAGGUGCGUUACCGUUCAUAGGCCACCUUCACCUGCUUCAUACCCAACGAACAGGUGCCCGAACCCUUGCGGCCAUAGCGGAUAAAUAUGGACCGGUCUUCACAAUCCGACUCGGCAGAUUCCGAGCCCUUAUCAUCAGCAGCCGGGAAGCAGUUAGAGACUGCUUCACCGUUAACGAUAGGGUCUUCGCCAAUCGUCCGAUGUCAAAUGCAGGAACUUACCUCGGUUACGACGAAGCAAGCUUUGGGUUUGCUUCUUAUGGACCGUAUUGGCGUGAGAUUCGUAAGCUAGUCGUGGUUGAACUCCUCUCGGUCCAUAAGAUAGGGUUAUUAAAGCAUGUACAAGUCUCGGAGGUGAAUGCAUUUAUAAAACACUUGUACUUGUUUGCCAAUAAAAAUGAGCAGGUUCCAAACCAGAAGAUCUCGAUGAGUCAACGGCUUGAAGCUUUGAUCGUAAACAUGAUGGUAAGAAUGAUUGCAGGGAAAAGAUAUUCGUCGGCUCCUGACGGUGAAGCCGAUGAAGAAGCACAACGCGUCAUCAAGUUUAUCAAAGAAUUUUCUUCGGUGGUUGCCACUGUUACAACAGUUUCGGAAGUGGUUCCGUUUCUAAAAUGGAUGGAUAAAUGGAGCAGCCAAGUGAAAUCCAUGAAGCGUAUUUCAACGGAGAUGGAAUCUCUUAUCGAAACUUGGAUUGAUGAACAUAAAUUAAAGAACCCUAAAACAACCGCAAACAACAACGACGACGACCAAAAUUUCAUCCAUGUGAUGCUGUCGAAGAUAAAGGAUGACGAUGAGUCCAUAUAUGGCCAUAGACGCGAAAAUAUUAUCAAGGCUACAAUAACUAUGCUAAUCGCAGCAGGGAUUGAAACCACAGCCAUUGCAAUGACUUGGAUGUUGUCCAACUUGAUGAACAAUAGACACGCCUUAAAGCGAGCUCAACAAGAGCUGGACCUCAAAAUUGGUCGACGCAGAUGGGCGGAAGAAUCUGAUAUGGAGGAAUUAGUCUAUCUGCAAGCCAUUAUUAAGGAAACACUUCGUCUCUAUCCACCUGCACCACUGUUAAUCCCUCAUGUCCCCAUGGAAGAUUGUUGUGUGGGCGGCUACCGCAUUCCCAAGGGCACUCGUUUGUUUGUGAAUGCAUGGAAGUUGCAUCGAGACCCACGGAUUUGGUCUAAUCCCGAGGAGUUUGAACCGGAACGGUUUCUCACCAACCAUGAAAACGUGGAUGUUUUGGGGCAAAACUUUGAGCUGGUGUCAUUCGGAUCUGGUAGACGAUCUUGCCCGGGGACGAAUUGGGCGUUGCAAGCUAUACGCUUGACUAUGGCUCGGUUGCUUCAAGGGUUUGACUUAAAAACACCCUUAAAUGCUCCCGUUGACAUGACGGAAGACCAAAGUGCAAGUGCAACCAUGACCAAGGCAACUCCUCUUCAACUUGUCCUCACACCUCGCCUUCCUCAUCAUCUUUAUCAACUCUAGAUGUAACAUCAG